AUGUUUCCUGUUAGACUAAACCGCGACGAUAGGAAGUCGAAGACCAUCAAGGGCACGAAGAGCAAGACAAACAAGACAAACAGGAAGACCUCAACCAAGGACCCCGAGGAUCCUCCCACGGCUCGCUCAUCAACUUCCCAACGCAGGUCCUCCAUGCCUGGACUCGAGAAGUCGGAGGCAGCCUCGUUCCUUGAGUCGAGAACUAGUCUACCGUAUCCUACCUUCUCGAAGGCCCACAGCAAGGAAGGCGUCCGAGCGAGUAUUCCUACCCCGGACCCGACCGACUUGACACAUGACGAGGGGAAGAACGGUCACCGCGAGGAUCACCAUGCGCCUCCUAGUCCGCCCCUGACUGGUCUCGACCAAGAGUCGAGGAAGGGCAGUAUUGGGAAAGGCAGUAUUAUCAACGAGGAUGAGAAGGAGACAGACAAACCCAAGAAGAGAACAAGUAUCAAAAUCAGAGCCUCCGAAGUCAACAGGUCCUCAUCGAGUCUCCGGUCGAAACCAGAUGAUACCACCAAGUCCAAGUCCAGCAAGACGUCACGAACGGAGACCCCUACAAAACACAGAACGUCCAAGGAUGAGGGUGAAGCUUUGCCUCGAUCAUCGAGUUACAAGUCUAAGACGAAGGUUUCCGAUGACAGAACGCUGCCCAAACGAUCGAGUCGCUCGACAAUGUCUGCCUCACAGUCGAACGUCACACUUCGUGAUAACGGUGGAGAGUCAGUCAACGGGUCUGAUGCAACGUCUAUUGCCCCUAAUCAGCAGCAUUCGGCGCCACGAAAACCCAUGACCCCGCCCGCGAAGCCUCCCUCUCGCACGCAGAACCGAUCGGCCAUGUCCCGUCGUCGCACUGCUAGCGACGAGUCGAUCGAUUUUGUGAAACCAGUGAAUCCAAAUUCGUUCGGCGCACCCCCGCCGCCCCCACCUCCACCUGAAAUGCCUGCUACUAUCCCUCGAGUCGAUUAUUUGCUGAAAAAUGGUGGUCUGGAAAACAAGGUCUCGAGGGCACUGCUGGCUAGCCUCGGGCAAAAUGAUCCAUUUUCACAAGGACAACCUCAGUCCCAGGCUAACGCCGGCAAAAUCUUUGAUCCAUAUCACCGUUUACUAGACGACUACCAAAAGGUCAUGAGUAAGAAUGGAUCUCUGGCCGUGGCAACAGGCUAUCGGUCUGUCGCCCGGCGUUUAUUGGAUCGCCUCGAAGCCGUGUUCGCGCGCGACAUCUCUUCGGAGCCAUGUAGCUGUCAGAUAUGCGAUCGAACGGAGGCAGACGGUCGACCUGAUGGGGUGAGCUGGGGCGAGGUUUUGGAGCUCGUGUCUGGCCGCAGGGAACUUCCUAUGUGGCCUCCCUUCACGAUGGCACCAACCACCGUAGAUACCGGCGUGCCAGGCGAUGAGCAUAUUCCAAUGCAGAAGCUUGACGUUGACGUUCCUGAGGAAUACCGGGACCACUUCAUACGGCAAUCUCGAAAGACGAAGGUCGCUGUCGACAAAUGGCUUUAUGAGCAGAAAGAUCCAGGCACCAGUGCUCCCAACGAGGUCGACGACGAAACGUUGACCUUCGCCAUGCUUACGCAUCUCGAACCCCGCCAGCGGUCGUUGUUAUGCUCUUUGCUCGGCAUCAAUUCCUCUACUCCUGUCCCGCGGUCUGACGAUGAGAUGCCCCGGCACAAGCCUUCGGCGCUUAUCUCAUCGGCCUCGGCCAUCCAGCGUCUUUACCGACUACCCUCCCUCCCUCGCGAUCCAGAAACUGCUAUGUACAUGUUGAAUAACCCUACACUCCACCAUGUCCUCGCCACCCUUUCCGCCAUCAGCGAUGACGAGUGGGAAAUUCUCAUCUCCGGCCGCUUCGACGGAUUCCUCCGCAGCGGCGCAGAAGACCCAGGCCCCACCACCGGCGCUCGCUGGAGCGGAAGUCGCUCCAACACACCCUUAGGCGGCAGUGUCUCCCGAGGACCGACACCCAACUAUAUGGACGGCAGCUUCCGACCCUCAAGCCAAGUUAACGGCGCACCCUCAUCCCCCGCCUCGUUCGGCGGGCCGAUUGCUCUAGACGAGGAAACCGAAAUCGCCGCCUUAGCAGAAGUCGAGCGCGACAUUUUCCUCGGAAUGGAAGCCCUUGAAGAUGCUUUCGAAGCCCUCCACUGCAAAGCUGAAGUCGUUCGACGUGCAUUGCGCGAACGCGGCGCCGGCCUCUCCGUGGCAAGCCAAAGCCGCCGGGGUUCCUUCGUCGAAGCGCGCCUAGGCACACCCUUCUCGGGUGUCGGAACGUGGGAAAGCGGUGGUGAAGACGACUUCCUCGACGACGAGUGCUCUCUUGCGCCCGAUGACUCGGCUAGUAAUAUCAGCUCGAACCGGCGUCGUCGGCCUAAGAGACGCACGGAGCGACGCACGCCUGCGCCUGUCGAGGAGGAAGACGAGGAAGAUGAUGGUCUUGGCCGUCGAGAUACGCGUCCCUCGAGGCGUAGAUAG